AUGGAGACACAAAACAAUACAACAGUGACAGAGUUCAUUAUUUUGGGAUUAACAGACAAUCCUCUGCUAUGAGCCAUUUUCUUCAUGGUUUUUCUAACAGUUUAUAUAGUUACCAUAGUGGGAAAUAUUAGCAUAAUCCUCUUAAUCCAAAGCAGCCCAAAGCUUCCCACCCCAAUGUACCUUUUUCUCAGCCAUUUGGCUUUUGUGAACAUUGGGUAUUCCACAUCGAUUACACCAAUCAUGCUCAUCAGUUUCUUAAGAGAGAAAACAACUAUUCCUGUGAUGGGCUGUAUAGCACAGCGCUCUGAUGUCAUGUUUGGAACCACAGAGUGCUUCCUACUGGCCACUAUGGCUUACAAUCGCUAUGUGGCUAUCUGCUUUCCCCUGCUUUACUCCAUCCAAAUGCCCCCAGUCAUCUGCCUCCUCCUACUGGGAGCCUCCUACCUGGGUGGAUUCAUGAACGCUUCGUCUUUUACAGGCUGUUCGAUGAACCUGUCCUUCUCUGGUCCAAAUAAAAUCAACCAUUUUUUCUGUGACCUCUUCCCACUCUUGAAGCUUUCUUGUGGCCAUGUUUACAUUGCUGAAAUAUCCCCUGCCAUCUCCUCUGCAUCUGUCCUUAUCAGCACGCUGUUUACCAUAAUCGUAUCCUACGUCUACAUCCUCCGCUCCAUCCUGAAGAUGCUCUCUACUGAGGGAAGGAAGAAGGUUUUCUCCACCUGCACUUCCCACCUCAGUGCAGUCACUUUGUUCUAUGGGACCAUUUUGUUUGUUUAUGUGAUGCCCAAGUCAAGCUAUUCAGCAGAUCAGGUCAAGGUGGCAUCUGUGAUCUACACGGUGAUGAUUCCCAUGCUGAACCCCCUCAUCUACAGUCUUAGGAAUAAGGAGAUGAAAGAGGCCAUGAGAAAAUUGAUGGCAAGAACACAUUGGUUUUCCUGA